CUUACCGCCUACUUUACGUAUUUCCCCCAUCUUUCUCCGCUCUCUGAUUGCUUGCGGGUUCUUCUCGAUGGCGUCGUCCUUGGCGAUGCACGCGAAGGAAGCCGGGAUCCUUUGGCUCGCGGGAUUCAAGGAAGCCUGCUCCCUCCACAGAGUCGUAAUCCUCUGCAUUAGAUCGAGGCCGCUGUUGAUCAGAACCGGUCAGUGCUUCCUCCUGAACGGGCUCAUCUUCUUGGGAAGUUUAUUUAUUCUGAAGUCUGUGGUCAUCCCAAUUCUGCUGUGGAUUCUACCUGAUCAAACUGAACAGUUUGCUGCAGAACAUCUUUCUUGCCACAAAGCUGCUUUAGCACUAUAUUCCUUCUUACGCUUCAUUCUCAUUGAGCUUUUUUACAUUUUCUGGUUCUACCCUCUUUACAUUUUCAGCUUUGUACUGAGUACACUCUGGUACAAUGAUAUUGCCAAGCAUGCUUAUGAAGUACUGACAGGUAAAAGACCUUCCACAGCACAAUCAUCUAGAGAAAAUGAUUUGACAGGCUUGCAGACCACUAGUAAUUCAUUCACGCCAGGUGGCUUUGAUAGUGUCUGUAUUGGAAUUGGUGAACAGGUUUAUUCCAUCCUUCUGCUGACCAUCUUCUUCAUAGAGGUUUUUGCAACUGGUUUCAUUCCUUAUUUUGGAAAGGCAAUAAAUUUUCUGCUUCUUUCCUGGAUGUAUGCUUACUACUGUUUCGAGUACAAGUGGAACCAUUCUAAAGUGAGCUUGAACAGAAGGCUUGACUUUUUUGAAUCCAACUGGCCAUUUUUUGCAGGAUUUGGUAGUCCAUGUGUCCUUGCAAUUUUCUUUUUCUCUCCCCUUGUCAGCUAUGGUGUUAUGGCUAUACUUUAUCCCCUGUUCGUUUUGACAGCAGCAGGCACCCACUUAGAACAAGUUGUUACUUCGGUAAGAAGAUCAUUUAGAGGAGGGGGACCAAAAAAGCUUCAAGUAUUCUAUGCUGCAAACAAAAUUGCGAUGAUAAUCGUUCAAUUACUACCGGAGGCAAGCAAAACAAGUUGACCAUUUGAUAUGGGACAAGUUAUGUCUUUGUGCAAGUGCUUCCAAGUCUGCUGUCACUAUUGAAGAAAACAAGCUAUAUUGCAGCUGUAUAUAGAUGAAUACUAAUUGUUGGAUAUUGUUUACACUUAGAAUCACUUUAUGUAGAAAUAUCAUUAGGAGCAGAUUCAGUAAAUAUAUUCAACUUAUGUACACUCGUUGCUCAGAUCA